AUCAGAUUUAGACGUUGAGGGAGGAGUCGUGGUGGCAUUCGGAUCAAGUUUGUACGCCCUACACCACAUACAAAACAGCACCUGAGAGAACUUCUGCUUGUACUGAACUGAGUGAAUAUUCAACACGUACAGACUUUGAAAGUUAUGGGGAAAGAUCCGACCAAGCCGAGGGGGAAGACCUCGUCCUACGCCUUCUUUGUGCAGACCUGCCGGGAGGAGCACAAGAAGAAGCACCCGGACACGUCCGUCAACUUCUCCGAGUUCUCCAAGAAAUGCGCCGAGAGAUGGAAGACCAUGUCUCCUAAGGAGAAAUCAAAAUUCGAGGAAAUGGCCAAAACCGACAAGGUGCGUUAUGACCGGGAAAUGAAAAACUACGUGCCGCCGAAAGGAGCCAAGAAAGGGAAGAAGAAGGACCCUAACGCACCCAAGAGGCCACCAUCUGCAUUCUUCGUCUUCUGCUCUGAUUACCGGCCAAAGGUGAAGAGCGAGUACCCUGGCAUCUCUAUUGGUGAUAUUGCGAAGAAGCUGGGCGAGCAGUGGUCCAAACUGUCGGCCAAGGAUAAAGUCCCGUACGAGCAGAAGGCUGGGAAGCUGAAGGAGAAAUAUGAGAAGGACGUCGCUGCAUACCGUGCCAAGGGAGCAAAGACAGAUGGCGCGAAGAAGGGUGGACCAGGUCGGCCAGUGGGCAAGAAGGUAGAAGUGACAGAUGAUGAUGACGAUGAUGAUGAGGAGGAUGAGGAGGAAGAUGAUGACUUGGAUGAUGAUGAUGACGAUGAUUAAAUUUAUCAGGAAUUUGUGCUGAUUUUUUUUUUUAAAUGCAAAGCAAUGUGAAAAAUAAGCGUUUCUUUGGUGUUUUUUUUUUUUUUUAUUACAUUAAAAUUUUUCCUCAAAACAUGUACAGAGAUGUGUAUAGAUGAAAUACAUAUUCAGGUCAUGUACUGUUUUGUAAAUUUAACAGCCGGUUUUGUUAAGCACUGCCUAUUUUGUUUUGUCUCAAGCUGUGGUUUCUCUCUUGUUAAUGAUUUGUUUCCACUGGCGUUGUAACGGGAAAAAUGAGGAACAUGGACAUGUAGUUUAAUCCUCCAAAAAAAAAAAGUUUUAGAUGUUGAGCUUUGAAAUAUUGUGUAGACGGUUUUUAUAAUAAAAUUUUGUAUAUUAUGACCA